AUGGCAUCGCACCAGCAGCAGCAAACCCAGCCCCAGCAAUCGGUAGGCUUCGAGGACUACCUUCCUGUGAUGGCGGAGCGGCUGGGCGAGGAGGGCCUGAUGCAGGAGCUGGCGUCGGGGUUCAGGCUGCUGCAGGACCCCGUCCUUGGCCUCAUCACCUUCGCCAGCCUCCGCCGCAACGCGCCGCUGCUCGGCCUCGGCGGCAUGUCCGACGACGACCUCCGCGCGAUGCUCGCCGAGGGCGACUUCGACGGCGACGGCGCGCUGAGCGAGAUGGAGUUCUGCGUGCUCAUGGUCAGGCUCAGCCCCGAGCUCAUGGACGAGCCCCGCAGGUGGCUCGACGACGCCGUCGCGCAGGCGUCACAGUUCCUCUUCCACAGCUAGUAGUUAGAGAUGAUGAUUUCUUCUUGUGUUCGUUGUUCAUA